UCUCUCCCAUCCCCCUGGCAGGGAGCAGGCAGGCAACCCCCAUUAGGUGACUGGCUACCGGCUCACAUCACUGCGGGGUGAGGGGCGAGUCUCAGCCCCAUCUCCCCGUGGUGGGAGGCGAGUCUCCGCCCCAUCCCUGUGAGGGGUCGCCCCAGUGGGGCAGGGGCCAGACGCCGGCGGGAGGCGGCGGCCGGUCUCCUCCUUUGGCGCUGCGCGGGGUCCGCUCUGGGGGGAGCGGGAGGCGGAGCCGCAGCCGCAGCCCCGGCUCCUCAGGCCCGGGAGCGCCAUGGCCCAGGCCAGGGUCAGCUCUAAGGCCAGCGAGGGACAGACGGCGGGGCAGCUCCGCGGGCGCUUCUUCCGCUCCACCUCCAUGGCCGCCUGCUCCGGCCGCCUGCUGCAGAACCUGGACGAGCUGGAGCUCAGGGUUGAAGCCUUGCGUGAUGCAGCAUCUGCUAUGGAACAAGAAAAAGAAACUCUGCUAGAAAUGAUUCAUGGUAUACAGAACAGCCAAGAUAUGAGGCACAUCAGUGAAGGUGAAAGAGAAGAACUUUGCCUGACUGCCAGUCGUCUGAUGGGCCGAACCCUCACUGUUGAGGUUUCUGUAGAAACAAUACGAAACCCACAGCAGCAGGAAUCCCUUUUGCAUGCCACAAGGAUGAUUGAUGAAGUAGUCAAUAAACUCCUUGACAAUCUGGAAGAUUCCAAAAGCCGUUUAAUGUCACUUUAUUGUGCAUGCACGUCUGAGGUACCAUCUGGACCCAUUGAUCAGAAAUUUCAGUCUGUUGUAAUUGGAUGCGCUAUUGAAGAUCAAAAGAAAAUCAAAAGGAGACUAGAGACUCUGCUUAGAAAUACAGAAAACUCUGAAAAGUCAAUCACGUUGUUAGAACAUCCAAAAUCAACUGUCCAACAGCUUUGCAACAACGAACGGGAUUAAAGUAGUGAUAGCUAUUUGGGCAGAUCAAAGUUAAGUCUCCAUAAAGAUUGCACGGAAUGCAAAGAAAAAUGUUACUUUUUAGCACUAAACUAAUAAUACUUUAGAGUGCUGGGUGCAAAUAUUAAAUAAAUACGGAUAGCACUGCCUUAGGUAUCAGAAAGAACAUAGAUAUUUUCUUUCACAAUGAAGAUGUGAUCUAAGACUGCUAUCAGGUUUGCUCCUCUAGACUUAAACUUUAUUGGUACUGCUGCUGCAAAUUGUAAUUAAUGUAUUUCUGCUGCACUCUUAAAGCUAGUCAGAAUCUAAUUUCUUUCUCUUAAAUUUUUGAAAACUUAAGCUGAUGUGUCAUGUACUAAGAUUUCACCUAGAAAAUUUUUUUUCCUUUGGUGAAUACUUUGUAUGAAACAGACUUAUGAGAAAAAGACAAGUCACGCAAUAAACAAGAAGAAAAAAUGGACAUACCACACUCUAUUUUCAGUAAUGAGUAACUUUUGUUAGUGAUAAUUAGUACUUGGCACUAUAGCUUAAAAUGCUUUACAGAAAAGGAUAAGAAUUGUCCCCAUUUUACAGACAUUGUGGUAAAAUAACUCGCACAAGGUCACACAGCAGGCUGGGAAUAGAACCCAGGUCUUCCGACUAACAGUUCCAUGCUCUGUCCACUGGAUGCUGCUGCCUUCUAGCCUGUUUAUUAAGUAAUGCUCAGUUUGGGGCUACUGUGGGCUAAUGAUUUCAGAGUAACUUAAAAGAGGAGUUAUGCAGAAAUGCUUUCAUGUCCUGCAAAUCAAAGAUACUUUUUUUCCUAUUAAUCCUCUAUGAAGCAUAACAAAGCGAAACAGCUGGAUCCACAAACAUUUUAAAAUGGAUUAUAUUCAGUUCUGAUGUAAGCAGAUGCCGCUCUCAUUAAAGUCAAUGUAAAUUGCUCCUGCUCAUGCCAAAGUGGAGGUUAGACCCUGUUUUCCCAAAACACAGACAUCUUUUUCGUGUUCAUCACUGGUGUUUGUUAUAAAGGAGAAAGCUUUUAUAGAUCUUCCUAUUUGUACACCCUAUUUCAUAAUGUCAAACGCUGGGUGAAGUUGAUUAUUAAAUGAAAUUUUAAUAACAAGAAAAAUCAAAUGCUUCAAUGAGUUUGUUAAAUGCAUUCAUUCUGAAGUUUGAGUGAAGCAAUAGUUCAGUAAGAUGCACUAGAAUCAUAGAAUAUCAGGGUUGGAAGGAAACUCAGGAGAUCAUCUAGUCCAACCCCCUGCUCAAAGCAGGACCAAUCCCCAAUUAAAUCAUCCCAGCCAGGGCUUUGUCAAGCCUGAUCUU